AAAGAGGGAAAUCAGUGGAUCCUGAGGAAGGUGGAAUAGGUGGGGAGAGCAGAACAGGGAGAGGGUGAUGAAGGUCACACCAAAACCUGCCUGAACAGCUGAGCCCCUCCAGCCACACCCAGACCUGUAGAAGUAAGACAUCAUUCCACCAGAACCAGGCUGGUAACAGGAACCAGUGACCUUAACCAGGCCGCUCCUGCGUGGCUGAAGCAGCGACUGUGUGGAGACGAGCAGGACGGGUCAGCGUUAGCAGGUAUCUUUACUACUCUUCACAGCAGUUUGAAGGUUUUCAUCUUCACUGAAACUGGCUUUUUCACUUCUGAGGAAAACGUGUUGGUGGUUCAGACACAAACUUUCUCCAUUCUUCAGAUCAUCUCUUCAGAAAAUUGGUGGGAGAUUCCUUCAAGGAAUGUUGGGACUGCCUCAGCCAGAGUCGAACCAGAAGUCCUAAUAUGGUCCUCGUCUUCACUCUGAGCAGCUGCUGUUCUCUGAGGAGCAACAAGGAGAAAAGAAGAGCCAUGGCUGUGAAUAAAUGCAUCAAAUAUCUGCUCUUCAUCUUCAACCUUCUGUUCUGGAUCUGCGGCUGCAUCAUCCUGGGCAUCGGGAUUUACCUUCAUGUCACAAAGUCGAAUCUCUCGAUUGGCGGUGAAAGCGCUCCGAGCUUUCCUCUAACCAUCGCUAUUGGAGUCAUCAUCAUGGUGAUCGGCUUCCUGGGCUGCUGUGGAGCGUACAAGGAGAGCCGCUGCAUGCUGCUGCUGUUCUUCAUCUUUCUUCUCAUCAUCUUCUCCCUCCUGCUGGCAGCGGGAAUCCUCUCAGCUGUUGGCAAGAACUCUGUGAAGGACAGCAUCCUGACUGAGUUCAAGAAGCUACAACCACUCUCCAGACAACCAGCAAGUGUGAUCCAAGAUGUGGAGAACAUGCAGAGAACCCUCCAGUGUUGUGGUCUCACUGACGGCCCUCAGGAGUGGACGGCCCUUCCUGAUUCCUGUCGCUGCAACGCCACGGCCACCAACCAGGACACGUGCAACGCUGGGGUCUACAAGUUGCCCUGCUACACCAGGAUGAUCAAUUGGAUGCAGUCCAACCUGCAGGUGGCUCUGGGGAUCGCCUUCGGUGUCGCCGUCCUGCUGAUUUUCGGCAUGGCGUUCUCCAUGGUUCUCUUCUGUCAGCUAGGAAGGAAGGAUGGUCCAACGACAGCCUGAGACGCCACCAGUUAACCCCCCCCCCCAAACAUAAACCUACACACACACACACACCAUCAUCUCAGCGAGCCCAAUGUGACAUCUGUGCUUUUAUUGUGAAGGAGAAUGCUUUUCAGGCAGGUAUUAGUGGUAUGGAAGUCCAGGAGUGCCAAAUGUUGACUUACUAGCAGAUUGACCCAAGUCUUUUUGAUUUGUUUUGUUUUUGAUUUGUUUUGUUUAUUUGUUGGAAAAGGUCACGUUUUUAAAAGUUUUGGCAGUGAAAUGUUUGUUUUGUCUUUAUUUUUUAACUAUGAUAGUCUUUUCUUUUCUUUAUUUUUUACAGAUAAAGCAUAGACUUUUGUUAGCGUUGGGUUGCCGUACUUUAGUUUAUGUGCAGAAGGAACAACCAUAACUCUCAGAAACUGUUGCUCUGAUCUUUUGUCUUUCAGGAAUAUAAAACAUAAAACGAUAAGCCUCAAGUUUUACUGUUCCUGUUAAAAUCAGGUUAUGAUUGUGAUGGCACAAAAUGUGAUUUAUUAAAUGCUGACUAAAUGUUCUGGGUCUAACGCUGAAAGCUCCAGAGAAAUAAAAAGUUGAGAAACUAAAUUCAGACUGACGAUCAACAAUUAGUGAAGACAUUAAACAGGACUAAAUGCUAUUUAAAAUAUUUUUCUUUGAACUUGUUUGAAUAAACCCUUUUUUCCCAUUAAA